AUGGAGAUCCAACUCUAUGUCUACGACCUUACCAAUGGCAUGGCACGGCAGCUUUCCCAGGCAUAUCUUGGCAUUCAGAUCGACGCUGUCUACCAUACCUCUCUCGUCUUCGGAGGAAUCGAGUAUUUCUUCGGCGCCGGUGUGCAAACAUGUCGAGCCGGCUCAACCCACCACGGCCGACCGAUGGAGACCAUACCCAUGGGGUCAACACAAUUACCCCUCGAAGUGAUCCUCGACUACCUAGAAAGUCUGAAACAAGUCUACACACCCGAAUCCUACGAUCUCUUUGCGCAUAACUGCAACAAUUUCACCAAUGAUUUUAGUAUGUUCCUACUUGGAAGAGGGAUCCCGGAGCAUAUUACUUCGUUGCCCAAGCGAGUCCUGGACACACCAUUCGGACAGAUGCUACGACCGCAGAUUGAAGCAGGCAUGAGAGGAACAGUGCAGCGGCCUUUGGACGAGCAGAAUGCAUUACCUUCGACUGCCGCCAGGAACGGGACGGCUCACGGGGCGGAAGGCUCGGCGCAGAGGACAGCCAUUAGUACAAACGGGAACGGCAUGACUGGCAAUAGAACUUAUGGGAGUGUGAUCGGUGCAAAGAGUCUUGCGGAGCUUGAACGUCAUCUGCAGGGUGCGAAGGAGACGGCUGCCACGGUCUUCUUCACGUCGUCGACUUGUGCGCCUUGUAAGAUCGCUUACCCAAUGUUCGACACUCUGGCCGAUCGGUAUUCGAACGCAUUGUUCGUAAAGGUCGAUGUGAAUGUUGCCCAGGAUGUCGGUGCAAAGUAUCGAGUCAGGGCCACACCGACAUUCAUGACGUUCAAGAAGGGUGUGAAGCAGGACGAGUGGUUGGGAGCUGAUCCGAAUAUGUUGAAAGGCAACGUGGAGAGGCUGAUCAAUACUGUGUUUCCUCCCCAUCCACACACCUCGCUGAAGGUACCAACGCUGCAGUAUGGAAGCCUGAAGCCUGUCACCUACAGCAAGGUCCCUCCCCUGGACAAGUUGAUGACGAAGCUCGGGAACGCAGGCCACGACCCACAACUCACGAUCCUGAAGUCCUUCAUCGAGACACGCAACAAAGAUGCUCGCGAGGCACCGCUACCAAAUCUCCAUGCCAUCAGCCAGAAAUUCCGCAACAAAGUCCUCUCCCUUCCCGUAGACGUCCGCUUCGCCGCCGUCGACCUCCUGCGCUGCGCCACGAUCGACCCUCGCGUGAGCGGCUACUUCGCCGAAGAACGAGCUCCCGCACUCAUCCCAACCCUCCUCAAACACAUCAACGACCUUCCAACCUGCCCUCACAAUCUACGCCUUGUCACAAUCCAACUCGCCUGCAACAUGUUCCCCUCCCCACUAUUCAUCCGAGAAAUCACACAAGGCUCUACCGAUCUUUUACAAGAGCUGAUACAACUCGUCACACGCUCACUCCUUGAUAUCUCCCACCCCAGCGUCCGGGUCAGCUCAGCAUGGCUAGUUUUCAACCUCGCCACGACAAACUAUCGUGUCCGACGGGAAGAAGAACAAGAGGCUCUGGCCGAAGCGGAGCAAGUCGAGCUCGCUGCUUCGAUAGUUGAGACUCUUGGCUCCGAGACUAACGAGGAGGCUGUCAAGGCUUUGCUGUUGAGUCUAGGGUUUUUGUUGUAUUGCGGCCCUACAAAUGGUGAAGUCAUGGACUUGUGUCGAGCUUUGGACGUGAAGAAGACGGCGAGGGAGUGUGCGAAGAUGAAAGGCUUGACGGAUUUGGCGGGUGAGGUUGGUAGUCUGUUGUGA